AUGGAAGACAAUAAGCUAACUCAGGAAAUGAAAAGACACGCUGUUAUCAUCAUUAUACACGCGAAUCACAGCGAUCUUGAAAUCUCCCGAUUUUUGAAAGUCGCCAGAUCUUUUGUUAACAAAGUUCGUCGAGAGUUAGAAGCAUCUGAUGGCAAUGUGGCAAGUGUUGCCAAGUGUAAAAAACAUGAAGCACGUUCUGAUAAAUUUAGAACAUCACAGUUUGUGCAAAAAGUUCAGGGUAUUAUUGAUGAAGACCCUUCAAAGUCCAUAAGGGGAAUAUCGAAACAUCUCCAAGUUUCUGAGUGCACAAUUCGUCGCAUUAUCCACGAAGACCUCCAGUACAACUCUUACGCAAUGCAUAGAGGUCAGUUCAUGUCUGCACAAACUCGAGAACAGCGAUUCAUUGGGGCACAACAACUUCUAAACAAGUUAAAACAUCCUGAAAUCUCGGAUAUGCUCUGGUCUUUUUCUGACGAAAAAAAUUUUGAUCAAGAUCAAAAAAUAAACAGACGAAAUGAUAGAUGGCUCUGUGCAGAUCCUUCAGAUGUUCCUCGUGUUAUGCACACAAAGUUUCCGGCAACUGUCAUAGUUUUGGGGGCGGUGAGCAAUAAGGGAUACGUCAUGCCACCCCAUUUCUUUCCUUAA